UUUUGCAAGUUUCUGCCGGACGUGUGCAUCCUCUUCAAACGCCAGACCAGCCACCCCUACAACAGUCCAACCCAUAUCUGUCGAAAGUCCAAGGAUCCCAAGAGGGGGGAGGUUUGCGAUGUGGCUACUGGUUGUGGUUCAGGUCCGUUGGUUGGGGACAACAGACGCACUCUACCGUCGCGUCCAAUGGCCUUCUCGCCCGAUGCUCAGUCGAGGACGUUGUUCGACUUUCCGGACCGUCAACAGCAGCAGUCACAACAGCUGCUGAAGUGUUCGACACUCGCUUAUCCGCAUAGCGGCGUAUUUGGAAGUCGUUUUCAGUCAGAGGUGUCAUUUAACGUCCCGAAGAUUUUGGACUGCAAUGACUAUCUGGAGAAACCGAAGUUCUAUACGGAGUAUUAUCAAAUGGGAAUGUCGCCAACAUCGCAGAACCAACAAAACAAUCGCCUCCCUCCUCCAAACGCAACCUUCCGACCAAUCAGCUAUAUCACCCGGGACAUUCUAACACCCGUAACCGUUCUUGUUUCAAUACAAAGUCUUACCAGCAAAGUGCCUGCCCAUGAGAUCCUGUCGAAUGGGAAUACGUACCACUCGGCAGGUGUCAAGCAGCCCAUCACGUCUUCGAACGAGCGACCGCCAAUGGUCCUCGGCGGUGUCCAGUCGCUUUGUCCGCGUGACAGGUGUGUCGCUGAAGCAGCGGGCAUUCCUCUCUACUUUCAGCAGGAUGGCCGGCUGGACCCUCACCAUUACCAGAAAAACAGUGGUAUGUCAGAAAGUGAUGUGCUGGGUCCCGCACCGCACGUAAGAGAUAGCCGCCGCUCAGUCACCAAGAGCUAUGCCAGUGGCCUUUAA